UCCCUUACUAACGCGUCGCCAGUAGUCUCUGCACAUAUACAAACCACGCAUUCGAAAUGUCUGUCCAGAUUUUCGGAGAUCAAGUCACGGAGGAGAGAGCUGAGAAUGCGCGUCUUUCCGCAUUCGUUGGCGCUAUUGCUGUUGGAGAUCUUGUAAAGACAACCCUGGGACCGAAGGGAAUGGACAAACUUCUCCAAUCCGCUUCGACCGGAGACGUUAUAGUCACAAACGACGGCGCCACGAUCCUCAAGUCGAUCGCGCUUGAUAACGCUGCCGCGAAGGUUCUUGUCAACAUCUCAAAAGUUCAGGACGACGAAGUCGGCGACGGAACAACCUCUGUCACCGUCCUCGCCGCCGAGCUUCUGCGCGAGGCUGAGAAACUUGUCGACCACAAGAUUCACCCGCAGACCAUCAUCGAGGGAUACCGAAUCGCGAGCAGUGCUGCCUUGGACGCGCUGCAGAAGACCGCUGUCGAUAAUGGAAAGAACCCCGCCGCGUUCAGAAAAGAUCUUAUUGCGAUUGCAAAGACGACUCUGAGCUCAAAGGUUCUCAGCCAGGAUAAGGAUCAUUUCGCUGAAUUGGCGGUUGAUGCCGUCCUGAGACUUAACGGAAGCACAAACUUGGAUCAUAUUCAGAUUAUCAAGAAAGCCGGUGGCCGAUUGAUUGACUCCUAUCUCGACGAGGGUUUUAUCAUGGAUAAGAAAAUUGGUGUCAACCAGCCCAAGAGAUUAGAGAAUGCAAAGAUUCUAAUUGCCAAUACCGCCAUGGAUACCGACAAGGUCAAGAUCUUUGGUGCGCGUGUCAAGGUCGAUGCUACCAGCAAACUGGCAGAGCUCGAGCGAGCUGAACGGGAAAAAAUGAAAGCCAAGGUCGAGAAAAUCAAAGCGCACGGCAUCAAUUGCUUCAUCAACCGGCAGCUGAUCUACAACUACCCCGAGCAGCUUUUUGCCGAGUCUGGUGUUGUCUCGAUCGAGCAUGCUGAUUUCGAUGGUAUUGAGCGAUUAGCUCUUGUUACCGGUGGUGAGAUUGCUUCUACUUUUGACCACCCUGAGCUCGUUAAGCUUGGACAUUGUGAUUUGAUUGAAGAGAUCAUGAUCGGUGAAGAUACUCUUUUGAAAUUCUCUGGUGUUGCGGCCGGCGAAGCGUGCACUAUCGUCCUGCGAGGCGCGACCGAGAAUCUUCUGGACGAAGCCGAACGCUCGCUUCACGACGCUUUGUCAGUCCUCUCGCAGACCGUAGUCGAGACCAGAACCGUUCUGGGCGGCGGCUGUGCCGAGAUGAUCAUGUCCAAGGCGGUCGACAGCGCCGCUCAGAACGAGAGCGGCAAGCGCGCGCUUGCCGUUGAAGCCUUUGCGCGUGCUCUCCGCCAGCUUCCUACGAUCUUGGUUGACAAUGCGGGUUUGGACUCGAGCGAGCUUGUGUCGAAGCUCCGAUCGGCUAUUUACAACGGCAUGACGACCUCGGGCUUGGACCUUGACAACGGUCGUAUUAUUGAUAUGAGAGAGGCUGGAAUCGUCGAGAGUUACAAGCUCAAGAAGGCGGUUGUCUCCAGUGCUUCUGAGGCCGCUGAGUUGCUGCUUCGAGUCGACAAUAUCAUUCGUGCCCAGCCGCGAACGGCAAACAGAGGAAACUACCAGGAUAUGUUUUAAUCUGCUGCUGCACGUUCUUAUCUAUUUUGAUGUACAUUUACUCGUCUUUGUCUCAACAUUGCGUGCGGUUUCCUGUUUUGUCUUAUUUCCAGAGAGGUUUCAGUUAUAAAUCACUAGCCUAGUAUAUAUAAUAGCAUUUCAGCUGUGCAUGCUUUAUCUCAAAUGAUAUGUAAAAGUUUAUUGAUCCCGAUCAUA